AAUGGCACUGACAAAUAAUCCUCUCCAGUUGAACAAAAAGGCAAUAGAUAGCUUUUUAAGUGUACUUCAAUCUGACUAAAGUCAACAUUGUUCUGAUGACCGAAGCAAUAGGAUAAUGGGAUAAUGUUAUAAAUAUAUGAAGGAGGAGCCCUAACCUUAGGUCCUUAUCUCAGCGGAUAUUUUAGUUGCUCUAAAACAGGUGUGAACAUGUCUCUCUGACUGUUUUGCUAAUCUCUACUCCUCCACUCUACACAACAUAAAAAGAUUAUUGACCAAACGAACGCAUUACUACAUCCUUGAGUACCAUUGCAAAGCUGAGAGACACCGGUUCAAGUUACGUAUUCCUCUUCUACGUCGACUUGAAGGUGUGUACACACACACACACACACACAUAAAAGAAGACCUGCAAAAUCAAGUGAUUACUUUGGUCAGCAUGUGGCCCAACAGGAUGCAUUGAAAGCAAAAACAAUCUGGAAAAUUCAAAGUAUUUCACACAAACUGAAAAUCUUGGAAAUUUUCAUCAUCCUCAUCAUCAUCCUCCUCCUCCUCAUCAUCAAAUAUCACACAGUAAAAGAUAAAACAAACAUAUAUAUGUAUGAAUGUAUAUAUAUAUAUAUAUGUAUGUAAUUGUUAGAAGUUUGUGGUGACCCCCAGCCAAGAAUAUCCUAAUUGCAAAUUAAUUGCAUCAGCACGGAAGACUCAGCCAAUGUCUCAACCUAUCUGAUUGGGUGACAAGGAAACCGUGUCUUACUAAAAGUAUCAACUUAAUCAACAGAUAUUCAGUUAGAGAGCCAUGAAAGAAUAGUACCAAGACCCAUAGUAAAUAUUUACAGUGAGAAAUAUGACUACCAGCACCACCGCCACCGCCGCUGCCACCACCACCACCUCCAUCAACACCCAGACCAUUGAAUCUUCCAGUGAUCUAACACAGUUCUUCAAUACAGAACAGAAUCAAGAGAAUGAAUCUGAGAAAGAAACAUUAAAUUCUAGUACCCUGGUAUCUGUGACAAGUAAAGUAAACAACUCAGAAAUGUCCUGCCCUGGCCCAAGCCAUAAACUCUUGGCAUUGUACAUGGACGAGAGAUUUAAAGAAAUACGUAACAACAAACCAACUUAUUAUCUUGAACAUUUAAAGAGGACUCCCUUGUAUGGACUGGACAGUAGAGUCUACGAGAAAAUGAAAUUUAUACACAAGCCAGUUAGUAAAUACAGACUUCACACAGAUGAUUUGGCACCAGUAAAUGAAAUCGGUAGAAUUGAAGAAUGUAGUGAUACAGAAUCGAUAAGAACUGAAGACUUUGAAAGUCGGUUUCUCGAGCUGCUUGUAUCUCCCAAUUUUGAAGACAAAGAUUUAGACUCAACAAAGAAAGCAGAAAAAGUUACCAAUAAAAUUGAUGUUGGGAAUGAAGAACUUGCACAAAAUUUCUCAGCUGAGUCUUCUUUGAAAUUGGAAAAUGAGAAUGAAGAACUGUGUUAUAUGAAGUUUAAGAAAGAUCUUGAGGAAAGGCAUCUGCAGAAGAAUAUGGAAGAAGUAUGUUUUUACCAGAGCUUGGACCUUGCAAGAACAACUGAGAUAAAACAAGAAAAUUCUUUGAACAAUUCAGCUGUCAUUGGUACAGAGCUUCUUUCUCCAAACUUACAAGCUGAACAAAUUUCUGCCAUCACAGAUUCAAAAGAAAAUAUUUCUUCACUUGUUGAUGUGAAAUCAUCCCCACUCCAAAGCCUAAACAGUAGCAUUGCCAGCUUUCAACCUUUGCCAGAUUGUACAUCAAAGCAACUACUAGAAAUAGUAGGUGUCAGCUCUCUUCUAAGAGAUAUUGAUGCAACAAACUUUAUAGACACAGAUAAAGAUAUCCAGCAGAAGAAACUUGAACAAAUAACAGAUGAAAACAUAAAGCUGAGAGCAGAAGCAGCACUACUUUUAGACAAAAUGAGGGAGAAAGAACAUGCUAGCAGAUUCCAUACCAUUCCAGAAGAAGCAGAGGAAGAACUAUCACAACUGAGGCUAAAAUGCAAACAUAUGGCCUUUACUUUAGAAAAAAGGGAUGAAAAAGUUAAGGAACUUUCAGAUAUCAUUGACCAACAGAAAGAGACAAUAUCUUGCAGCAAACAGAAGGUUUUAGUAAUGGAAUCACAAUCUAAGACUUUCAGCCAACAGCUAGAGGAACUGAAAUCCAAAUUAAAACAAGAAGAGAGGAAAGCUACUGAUCUCAGAGAAGAAAAUGAAAAGUUGAGGAAAGAACUUUCCCUUGAGGAAAAAGGCAGAGAAAACAUGUCAAGACUCCAAGGAAAUGGAAUGGAAACAUUGCAAAAUCAAUUGUUCUUGCAGAAGGAAGAAAUGGAGCAGCUGAUGGAAUGUCACUUGAAGAGUUUAGAGGAACUUAACUCUGCUCAUAGAAUAGAAUCAGAGUGUCUUAUACAGAAGUAUGAACGAAGAAUUGCAGACAUAAUAUGUUCACAGAAUUCUCAGAAUGCUGCAAAAGAAUAUCAAAUCUCCAUGUUGGAAUCUCAGUUGAACAAUCUGAAAUAUGAGAAUCAACUCUUGCAGCAGAAAUGUAAACUUAAAGCUACUGGAAAGGAAUUAUUUAAAGUUCAAAAGAAUUUGGCUAAUUCUCUGGAAGAUGAGAAUACUAAAUCAGAAGACUUUAUAAGACAGUACAAGAAAUGUGAAAUAGGAAAAGCUGAAGAUUCCAGAUUAAAUCCAGAAACAUCUUACCGGGUGGAUCUUGAAAACUUGAAAAAAGAUAUAAAAGAAAACCUUUCUAAAGACCUACACAAACGAUUAGUAACUCUGCUAGAAUGUAUUCACCAGCAAGAAUUGGAACUUCAAGAUCUGAAGAAUAUUUGGAAGCAAAUGAACCAAAACAAUAAACAUCUGAAAGAGUGGUUAGAUAAUAGUGGUAGUGCCAACUGUAGUAGAGAGUGUGGUAGCUGUGGUGGUGGUGGUGGUGGUGGUUGUGGUUGUGUCAGCUGGCAGUCAGUGAUUGUCAACCUUUUGAAGGAAGAAUCACAACUGAAUUUUUCCAUUUUGAAUAAUGGUAAAUGUUAUGAGAUUGACAGAUCCACAAAAAAGUGUAAUGGCACCAAAGAUGCUGUUUGGUACAAAGAUUCCAUGACAGGCAAAGCCACAAUGCUGGAUGUCUUAUCAGAACCAAUGAAAAUUGCUUUUGGUCAGUUAUCUGCCAGUACACAACAGCUGCGUGAACUUUUGAAGUUGUUUAUUGAGCGCUAUAUCACACUUCAAACAGAGUUCCCCAAAAUAUUUGAAAUGGUAGAAGACAAUAAAAAUGUUGAUCCUUUUAAUGACAGUGGUAGAGACCAUAGAUGUGAUUCUGUUCAUACUUCACUGGUUAGCCGAACUCUACUUAAUCAGCCAGCAACAAGCACCACAAGCUGGCUUGAUGAAACAUAUCGUAUGUUUUUAGUUGAGACAGACCUGAACCAUCAAGCAAAGACACUUCUUGAACUGCUACAGUCUUACAGCAACUUGCAGGAAACGAGAAUACCAACGCCAUCAACAACACCAACACCACCACCAACACCACUGCCACCACCACUACCACCACCACCACCACAAUGCUGCUGUUACUCAACUCUCUGAAAUAUCUCUGUCUAUCAUACAGACAUUCUGAUGGAAUUGUUGUUGAUGGAAUGGCAAAAUGGCAAACAUCAAAAGCUAUAAUUCCUCUCUGAAGAAUAUUAUAAUCUCUUAUUACAUUCUUGUUACCAACCUAUGUUUAGAAUUGUUAAAUAGGCACUAACAUAAUGUAGCAAGCCAAAGAAUUUUAAUUAAUUAAAACUACCCUCAUAGCGAGGAGAAAAAAAAAAUUCUGGUAAACAAAAGGCAGGGGAAACAACUCUGAAGUUAUUUUUAUUUAACAUUUUUGGCUCUCAACAUAAUGUUAGUACUGGCUAUUUGCUAUUUGUAUAUAUUUAGAAUAGACCUACUAGAUAUAUCAGAUCUACAAAAAGGUUUAAUCCUAUCCCUACCAGCAGGAAUGUCUUCUUAAGGUGU